GGGGGACUAGAUGAUCUUAAGGGUCCCUUCUAAACCAAACCAUUCUAUGAUUGUGGAGGUGGCUGGGGCUGUUGACGCAGGUGGGGAUGAGGGCAAACACACCUGGCCAGCUGCUUUGGCAUUGCCAUCUGUGCAUGUUGGUUGCUCCAGACGAGAUCUGAAGUCCCUGCUUGGAUGGAGCUGUUGGCUGCACCCGCCCUGUGCUAUCCCCAAAUCCCACAUGGGUGCUGGUGGGAUGCUCCCUGCUGCUGCAUCCUUGUGGGAUGUGCUGAGAAGGUGCUGUGCUUUGCAGUCUUCUCCAUCCAAGACUGAGAGCAUCAUGGGGGCUGCCCUGGGUUUUAGCCUGGAGGGAGAACUUAUCAUGGGGAUGUUGGGACAUGGCCAGAGCCCUGCUGUCUCAGCCAUUUGGUCCUCAAAGGUGCCUCGUCUUUUCCUUUCAGACCUUCAUCUUCACGGAUGGGGAGGAUGAGGAGCUGAAGAAGCAAGCACGAAAUGUCAUCAACACCAACUGCUCGGCUGCGCACAGCCGUCAGGCCCUGUCCUGCAAGAUGGCUGUGGAGUAUGACAAGUUCAUCGAGUCUGGGAGAAAGUGGUUCUGCCAUGUGGAUGAUGACAACUACGUGAACGUGAGGACGCUGGUGAAGCUGCUCUCCAGCUAUCCCCACACACAGGACAUCUACAUUGGGAAGCCCAGCCUGGACAGACCCAUCCAGGCCACAGAGAGGAUCAGCGAGAACAAGAUGCACCCUGUGCAUUUCUGGUUUGCCACGGGAGGAGCAGGGUUUUGUAUCAGCCGAGGGCUGGCGCUGAAGAUGAGCCCUUGGGCCAGUGGGGGCCACUUCAUGAGCACCGCAGAGAAGAUCCGCCUGCCCGAUGACUGCACCAUUGGCUACAUCAUCGAGUCCGUGCUGGGCGUGAAGCUCAUCCGCAGCAACCUCUUCCACUCUCACUUGGAGAACCUCCACCAGGUGCCCAAGACAGAGAUCCACAAGCAGGUGACACUAAGCUACGGCAUGUUCGAAAACAAGCGCAACUCCAUCCACAUGAAGGGAGCCUUCUCUGUGGAGGAGGACCCAUCCAGGUUUCGCUCUGUGCACUGCCUGCUGUACCCCGACACGCCGUGGUGCCCCUCCAACGUGGUGUACUAGGAGACACGUGUCCCCUCCCAACCUCGUCCCGAAUCUCCCCGGUAUCCGACGGGUGUGCGGGACCUGCGUGCGUGCAGGUGUGUCGGUCCUCCAGAUGGACCUCGUUGCUGUGGUAUUGCACAGUGUGUGUGUGUGUGUGUGUGUAUGUGUGUGUGUGGACUGAAGGCUGCUGUGCGGCCCUUUGUCCCCUGCCCACCCUGCCCUGCCUGGGGAUGGCGAGCGGGGACGGGUCCUGAGCACUUAACCCCGGGGCACGGGGUGAGCCCCUGCCCACCGGCAGCCCCGCGCCAUGCGUGGGGAGCGCAGCUCUGCAUCCCCCCCGCCUAGCUUUUCUUGAUCUCCUCCCAGAUGUUGGUUUGUUUUUGGUGUGUUUGCCUCCCCGCCCCCACCUCCUCCCGGCUCUACCCCCUUCCUCUUUCCUAGUCCCCAAGUCUCAGCAUCGAGGCUCCGGCUUCUUGGUCAGGGUCACAGUUUUACACAAUCUCAUUCCUCCACGGCCACAGCAAAUGUGAAGCCCAGUGCCAGCAUUCACACCAUUCCCCGGAGCCCCCUACAUCCUGCUGAAAUGUUUUCAGCAGCGUAAAUCUAUGCACUAUUUAUAGAGACCAAUUUAAAGACUUUCUAUAAAUACGGGGAGAAAAGGGAGGAGGGCUUUUCCGGAGCUGUGUGCGCACAGCGCUGCUGUGCCUCCCUGCUGUCUCCUCCUGGGUUGAGCAGGGGCACCCCACACCCUGGCACAAAGCAUUGGGGGGAGCCCUGUGGGUGUCCCCCCCCAGUCUAUGGGGCCGGAGCAUCUUCCUCCAGGUGGGUGCUGCUGGAGUCUGGAGCACCUGGGAUACUUGUGUGUAUGUUUGUUUCCCAGCCUGGCAUUGCUCUUUGGUGCAAUGGGAGUGUGAUGGGCACCCUAAAAACACAAGUGCCCCCCCUUUUCCCCCAAGCACUGUCAUAUGUUGUCCCAUGGCUCUGCUGGGCAACCCAAGAGUGGAUUCCCACAUUCCCAGGUACAGCCAGAGGAAAACCAGUUUGGGAAACGUUGCCUGGGAUCAGUGUUUGCCGUGAGCCAAGGAUGGAUGUAACCCAUUGCAAGGAGGGGUGGGGACUCCAUGUCCCCCAUAUGCCUCUUUGUGUCCCUCUGUGUCCCCUUGGGGGGAGGAUCGGGGGGUAGAGCCGGAGCUGAGCAUUUCCAACCCAAAGCUGAGUGAAAAUGGCCCAUAAUGGGUGCGUUGUACAUAUGUUAUUGUGCCAGUAUUUUUUUUACUGUGCCUUUUUA